CGCGCUGUUAGUGCUGCCGCCGCUGCCUCCGCUGCUGCCGCUGCUGCUGCCGCCGCCGCCGCCGCUGCCGCCACCGUCAGUCACUCCGCGUUCGGUUAUUCGGCACUCGGUUCGCUAGGACUCUUCGCCGCUUGUGAACUUUGCUGCGGGCUCGGAUCUUGCCGGGGCGUCCCACCAUCCCCUACUCCCAGCUCUUCUUUCAUUGUUCCUACAGACUGCAAAAGAACCUCUUCUCAGGAUUCUUCCCCUGAUACUCCCUUCCUUGAUUCCUUUAGGAGUUCUUUGAGGUCCUCUCUUGGUGCCCUGUGCUUACGCCAGGAAAAUGUCUGAUGAAUUUUCGUUGGCAGAUGCACUACCUGAACAUUCCCCUGCCAAAACCUCUGCUGUGAGCAAUACAAAACCUGGCCAGCCUCCUCAAGGCUGGCCGAGUUCCAGCCCUUGGAAUAACCCAAGUGCUCCACCUUCUGUGCCAUCCGGACUCCCGCCAAGUGCGACACCCUCCACUGUGCCUUUUGGACCAGCACCAACCGGAAUGUAUCCCUCUGUGCCUCCCACAGGACCACCUCCAGGACCCCCAGCACCCUUUCCUCCUUCUGGACCAUCAUGUCCCCCACCUGGCGGUCCUUAUCCAGCCCCAACUGUGCCCGGCCCCGGCCCCACAGGGCCAUAUCCUACACCAAAUAUGCCCUUUCCAGAGCUUCCAAGACCAUAUGGUGCACCCACAGAUCCAGCUGCUGCUGGUCCUUUAGGUCCAUGGGGAUCCAUGUCUUCUGGACCUUGGGCACCUGGAAUGGGAGGGCAGUAUCCUACCCCUAACAUGCCAUACCCAUCUCCAGGGCCAUAUCCCGCGCCCCCUCCCCAAGCACCAGGGGCAGCGCCACCCGUUCCGUGGGGCACUGUUCCACCAGGAGCCUGGGGACCACCAGCACCAUAUCCUGCCCCUGCAGGAUCAUAUCCCACACCAGGACUCUAUCCCACUCCCAACAAUCCUUUUCAAGUGCCUUCAGGACCUUCUGGUGCUCCACCGAUGCCUGGUGGCCCCCAUUCUUACCAUUAAGUUAAUGGACGAAGAUAUGACGCUUUGCUUUUUGAAGUACAUAUAUAUGCACAUGAAUGCAUAUAUAAAAAUUGCUGGUCUCACUAUUCUUAGAGGGCAUUCAUGAAAGAACAACCCUUGCACCUCUCAGAGAAGAUAUCUGCCUCUUGUACUUGGAUGUAUAGUACAUCUGAUGGAUACAAUCAGAUAAAAAUGUAAAAGUAAAUCGUUCAAAUGUGAUUUUUAUUCGGUUUUUAUGGAACGUUAAAGUGAUGAAGUGUAUUGAAUAGUUCUUUGAUACAGAUUGUUUAAAACAAGUUUUCGAUUUGUUUAAAUUAUGAAACCACACACUUAAAAAUCUAAGAUGAUGUGGAUUAUUGUUAGAAUCUGCAACCUCAUUGGUGAAUUAUUUCAAGUAUUUUUCUAUAAUCACUUUUUCCCUAAAUAAACACACUUUGAAAACAAUCACAUUGUCAUAAUUUAAACAAAUGAUGCCUCUCAACAUCUUGAACUGCUCUGUCGGUAGAAAAAAUACACCUGGGCCUCGUGAGGGUGUAGUUUGGAUAUAUAUUUUCAAGCUGUUGGUAAUUAUUGUCAGAUGUUGAGUUCAUUAGCCAGGCAGUGUUCAUUUUUAUCCUCGAGCUUUUAGUAAAAACUUUUCUUUGAUUUUUGAGUUCCACCUGAUUUGCUUUAUUUUUAGCCAGAUGGGUCACACAGCUCUAAAAUCUGCCAUUUAUGAAAACUUUGUUCUUUUUAAUGCAGGCCAACAUGUGUGUAAAUUAAUUCUUAGAGACUUGGUCAUCUCUUUAUUGCUUUGGCAUAGAUUUCGAGCUGUCAGUAUUGCUUUGGAAAGAACUCGAAGAAGGAAAUAAUUCUCUCCUUUGUCUUGAACCUCAAGCCAGAGGAAACCCCGGAAAUUGCUUCAUAGUGACAAGUCACUUGCAUUCCCACAAAACCCUCUUCUACUCAGACCCUUCCCUGUAGGUCCCUCUGCCUCAGUUCUUUAGAAGGAGCACAUCCCUUAGUUUCUCCCUGAUAUGGAAAACUGGCAAACUCUAGGGGUCUGUUGUAAACACAUAUAGCAGUUAUGGUUCAAGAACCUUAGUCAUUUAGACAUGACUCUGUACAAGUGCGAUCAAAAUGUGUACAUGUCUUUCAGAGUCUGGUUAAGCUAUGUCAUUGUGUUUUGCAGUUUCCUACAUCUGUUGUAAAGUGCUUAUGGCUAACAGUUCUUUGUUUGUUGACAGGUAAAUAGGUAGAAUUGAGUGCCAUUCUUAAAAAUUACCCUCUAGCUCUAACACUGAAACUAGUAAUAAUAAUAAUAAGCUGUAGAUCUCUGCAGUGUGACUGUUGCUUAAAUUAGUGUUGUUUGUAACCACCGAAAUAGCCUGAGUAGCUUUUUGUCACCUUAUCUCUAAAUCAGAUCCUUAGAGUCUUAGAAGUGACUAUGUUAUUUGUCAAAUAACAUUGUGAACCUAUGAAUGUAUCCAUGGGGUUACUAAAAUAUGUUGUGAAUUUCUUGCCUAGUCUAGGAGAGAUUUAUGCUGGAGCUCUUGUUUUUGCUUAGAAAUAAAAUAUUAAGUAGUUUGUUUCUCUUACAUUUUAAAUGUCAAGAAUGCCAAAUGCUGCCAAUUUAAUGGUUUCAUAGCUACCUCCUUUUAAGAAAGCAAGAUGGUCAUCUUUGAGAAGAAUACAGUGUUUAAGCUCCCUUUUAAGUAGGUGAUAGAGUCAAGCUUUUAGAAUUGAAGCUGAUUUGUUCGAUAUCUUCAGACUGGGGAAUGUCGUUAGGCAGCUCCUGCAGAGUGGCACCAGCGGUCUUGAACAAGCCGCACCAAUCUACAACACUCCUGGAAUCUUUGUCAGAGUAGCUCCAAGGCAGGAGCCUUGGAAGGUAUUUUAGCUUAAAUGAUCAGGCAGUAUCAUGCCAGCUAGCCUGGGGUGGGGUAAGAGGAACAGUGAGAUAGCAGCGAAGAUUUCCUGGUGGUUAUUUUGGUUGUGCUGCAUUGGAAGAAGUUGACAACUCUGGCUUUAGAUAGAAUACUUAAUGUAACACUAGAGGAUACUGUUUGAUUAAGAGAAGUGGUAGCAGGUUUGGGGAUCUGUGGUCAUGCAGUCCAUUUAUUAGAGGAGAAAAUCUGCUAAAGGAUUUGAAGGACCAUGAACAUGAGAUUUGGAAUUCCUACUCCCAGUAAAUACAUAAACUUGGCUAGUGACCCGUACUGCCCCGUGUGCCCUAGACAUAACACCUUUUCUUUGCUUUUCAAGGACUUUCCAACUGGUAGCUGUGAAAUUCUUUUUAAGCUAAGAAUGGAAAUCACAGGGACUAGAAUUUGCUUUUAUGUUCCUUUUGGUUUUUUAGAACCUUAUUUCUCAACCUACGAGGAGAGUCUUAAUUCUUGUGGGUACUCUGGGACAGAAAUGUAUUUUUAGGUUUAGGGUAAAAAGUUAAAAGCAGUUGUUGUUCCAGUGGAGGAAUGGGGAAAAGCACAGGGGAAGGUUUUUCUCUUUACAAGGAAAUACCGUUGCUUUCGAAACCAGUCCUUUUAGGCUGGCAUCAGUUUAGGGAAGAGACUGUUUCUUAGAAAGUUUGUUAGUUCUCAGAAGGGAAUACACAGGAUGGAAUAUGCUGGCACUUGCACUCUCAGAACAAGAACUUGAAGGCAAAUUUGAUGGAGAUAAUCGAGAUGUGUUGAGGACUCGUGUUUCUGGAGUUGGAAUCUUAGAUUUUGAAACGUUAAACCUAGAAAUGAUAAAAAAAAAUGAAAAUAAAGACCUUAGGUCCUCAUCAUCAUGUGAUGAGAAUCAAGGCUCCUUUCCUUAAAGGAGGGCUUGAAAUCCUUGGCCUUGUCUGUACUGGACUUAGUCUGACACCUUUUCAUGCUUUUGAAGAUGGCUGUUCACAACUGGGACUCCACAGCCUGUUUUGUGUAAAGUAAAAUAUUGAUUAUUCAGGAAUAGGCAUACAUUUGUUUUAAUUACCCAGGGCCUCCUUCCUUUGUCAGUUUUCCUGUUGUUUUCAGUAGAGAAUAAUAAAAGGAGAAAAGAAAGGGGGGUGAAUUUUUGGCCUUGGUCUGGCACACCACUACAACAGAAUAUUGGCCUAUUUUCUAGGAAAGAAGUCAGUUUUGCCCAUAAAAUUUGACCUCACAAAUAAUGAUAAGUGCUACCGAUUGUACUCCGGUGGACAGCUUUUAAAAUUAUGUGUUUAGAAGAACGAAGCUCUACUCCUGUUUCAGUUUAAGAUGCUGUGCCUCGUUCGCAUGUCAGUCAGUUGCCUAGACUUCUAAAUGAUCAGUGCCAGUGUCUUUCUUCCCCACCCUGAAUAAUCGAGUGCUAGAUUUAUAAAAUGCCAGGGUUAUAAACCCUUGACAUUAUACCUAAGCACAGACCUUCAGGUGUUGGUUUUUGAAAAGCAUAAGGUUAAAUUCAGAUGAAUCACACUGGUAGAGGUACUAUGCAGAGAAGGUGGUGGGCAGCUUUCAGGGAAGACUGAAAUUUACUCUUAAUUAAGCAAUAUUGUGUAUUGAAGAUAGACCCUUUUUAUUUUCAGAAUUCUGCCAAGUAAAAUUAAAAUUGCCAAUAAAAUAAUCAGUAUUAAAGAAAUGCCAUGCAAGCUUCUGGCUAGAGGACACAUCUGAGAACUGCAUUCGUUUGGUAGACACUCGAGUGUCCAAACAAGCUUUGCCACCUUGCAGAGGCACAGAGAGGAAAGAGAACACCUGUCCUGCAGCGCCUUAACGUCUACGGGUGGCAUUUACAGAAUGAAUUAGUACACGCAUUUUUGGUUUACCUAGACAAACAUAUUUUAGUUUGCUGCUGGUGGAAAUGAGAGGCCAGUUUUUGGACAUUUUAAAGAGCAAAGUGUGGUGUACCUUUUUUUAAAGUAAGAAAUUAAUGUUUCUCAAGAUUGUAGUGUUUGUCAGUGCAACUGCUCACGUGUGCAAAGUAACGGGUUGUUUUUCCUCUUCACUUCUUCCCUGGAUGAAGGCACUUACUGCCUGUUACUGGUUAGCAGAUACUGAUUUGUUGCCAUUAAGUAAACUUGACUUAUGCGUGCUCUAUAAAGGGUUUUUUUUUGUAUUUUUUCUUAAUAUUGUGACUUUUUAAAUUGACUUAAUAAUGACAAAUUUAAUGUAUGUAAUUGUCUAUGCAUUUUAAGUUAAACUGCCUAAAAUGUGAUUUGAGACAUAGACAUUUGUUUUGUAUUAUGAACUGUAAGCAAUCUGUUUGAGACGUUAGGUUUUAUCACCUGCUGCUGUAUUUGUAAACAAAAACAUAUGUUGCUUUAAGAAGUAAUUAUAAUUAGGAAUAGUCUAUGGAUGUGAUACUUGAUAUUUUUUAAGAUAAACUUGUUUGCUUUUGUGUAUUAUACCUGAAAACUUUUUAAAAAAAUGUAUUUUCAUGGUUUCACAGUU